CACGUAGGUCAAAGGUGGGAUUCAUUGAGAAAGGUGGUGGAGGGUGCGGGUUCCCCUGUGCGCCAUCAGAGGCACAGGGACGCCGUCAUAGGUUGACAGUCGCCGAUGAGGAACUUGUACCCGACUAGAUGCUCAUGAUUCAAUGUAUUUACACACUUUAUUUCCCGUCUUUUGUUUCACAUCUGGAUUGUGUUUCACUGUUCCUCAUUUAGGAAUGAUUUGACCUUUCAUGCCCGGGCUGAGUUUAAGCUAUAUUCUGUUUACCCGUGAACCAAGGCCCGUUUCAGCUCUCUAACACAGGGUGGAAGCAGCAGAACGGGCUCCGUGUUUCCCUGGUCUUAAAGCCCAGGGAACAAGCAGCAUAGGGGAUCCACAAGGGUCAAGUUGCGUUUUGAAUGUUCAAUCAUUAAAUCCUAACGGCUUGCUGCUAAACCCGUAUCGUCUAUCAUAGAUAUAGACGUAUCCAGCCUCCUUCAAUAACCGCCCUGGUCCCUGAACUGGGAGUCUGGAAUCUGCUGGGUUCGCUGACUGGCGGGCCCGGAGAAUCCACAGUACAGAAUUAAGAGCUGCUGACAACUUAUUGUCAAGCUUCAAGUGUCUGCAUUAACCUCCUGUCCUUUCCCUUCCGUACCACUCUAAUAUGCGAGUCUGUGUGUGCAUGUGCGUGUGUUUGUGUGUGUGUGUGUGUGUGUGUGUGUGUGUGUGUGUGUGUGUGUGUGUGUGUGUUUUUGUGUGUGUGUGUGUUUGUGCACGCCAAUAUAUAUAUAUGUAUAUACAGUAUGUGUGUGAGUGUGUAUAUACAUGUGUGUGUGUGUGAAUGUGUGUAAAUUCAUGCAGUAUAUUACAGUAGUCAUACCUGUCAAUCACUAGGAACCUUUGAGCAGGCAGAAACAGACCGCCUAGGUCACAUUGAAAGAUUCCAAAAGACAAGGAAGGGCAGAGGGAGAGAGGGAGAGGGAGAGAGGGAGAGAGGGAGAGAGGGAGAGAGAGAGAGAGGGAGAGAGAGAGAGAGAGAGAGAGAGAGAGAGAGAGAGAGAGAGAGAGAGAGAGAGAGAGAGAGAGAGAGAGUAUAUUAGGAGGGAUAUUUGGAAGAAAAUGGGCAAGAAAAGAGAACAGCCUAGGAAAGAUGAGAGAACGCAUCAACACUUUUGAGACAGUUUUGAAUAUAGACCAGAUUCUGCUGUACGGCGAGUACAGGGAACAAUUGGGAAGCUUUGCCAGACGGGAGGCGGCACGCCUGCUGACAGAGAAACAAUGGCGACAGGCGGGAGACGACACCAUGGGAACCGGACGCAAAGGCCAUGGCCGGCGGCACCACGACCCCCACCGCCAGCAGCACCAGCCCCCCACGCUGGACUCUCAUCUGUCCCACACCUCCUCCUCCACCCAGAAGCCCCGGCCCUACUCCAAAUGCCAAGACUGUUUGGCUCGUGUAUGGCGGCAGAUCGUCAAAAAGAUGGGGGACGACUGGAUCUUCCUGGUUCUGCUGGGCCUGACGAUGGCGCUGGUCAGCUGGACUAUGGAUUACACCAGCGCCAAGAGUUUACAAGCCUAUAAGUGGGUCCACGGAGAGCUGGCGGGCAACGUGGCGCUGCAGUACCUGGCCUGGGUGUCCUACCCCAUGAUCCUCGUCACCUUCGCCUCGCUCUUCUGCCACCUGGUCGCCCCGCAGGCCAUCGGCUCUGGUAUCCCCGAGCUGAAGACCAUCCUGAGGGGCGUGGUGCUGAAGGAGUACCUGACCCUGAAGGCCUUCGUGGCCAAAGUCAUCGGCCUCACCGCCGGCCUGGGGAGUGGGAUGCCGGUGGGGAAGGAGGGCCCCUUCGUCCACAUCGCCAGCAUCUGCGCCGCGGUCCUCAGCCGCUGCAUGUCCUUCUUCUCCGGGGUCUACGAGGUAUACCAAGACCCUGGUUCCAGCACGCGCUCCACCUCACCCCAACCCUAACCCUGACCCUGGGGUGGAGAGGUUCUCUGUCUGGGCGCCGUCUGUUGUUUUGGACUUGUUGUGUCUCUCCCGCACGCACACACACACACACACACACACACACACACACACACACACACACACACACACACAAACACACACACACACACACACACACACACACACACACACACACACACACACACACACACACACACAAACACACA